AUGGCAGACUUCACCAGUGGAGGCCUCCUCGUUGCUCGUUCUGACGAGCCUUCCGCCAACAACGUCGCGACGACACUGGACACCAUACCUCAAGAGAUCAUCGACAAUGUCUGGAAGCAAUACUUCCUCGGUCUGAAAGUGACAGGUCGGCCGCUGUAUCAUUCGUCUCAAAUUGCAACUCCUCCCAGCAGAGUCGGCCUCGACUGUCUGUGGACAAUCAAUCACAAGCAAAGCACCACAGCCAAAGCAGCCAUGUUGAAGCACGCCACAAUGGUUCUGAAGAACCCGAAGCAUGUCGCCUACCUUCUCUGCAAUCAUGAAAAGGAUCUGUCCACAAUGAGCUAUGUCAAAAUUGACUCAUGGGAGGACUGGGAGCACACGCCGUUCACACUGAUGGACGAUUUCUUCAGAGCUUGCUCACAGCUGCAGCACCUCCACAUCCGAACGGAAUCGUGUUACCCCCGGCAGGAGCUGCAUCCCGCAGUCAUCGCUUCAGAGGCUGACUUCGUCAAAGAGACCGAAGAUGGGGAACCAUGGGUUCUAGAAAUCAUCGACGACGGCUUGUCGGGCGCUCUGUACGAUAUGAGCUUCCACAAGAAGGCCUAUGGGUGGGCUUGCGACAUCAUCGCGGGAAAGGCUUUUGCAGGUCAGACAGCCCCUCCCAGUGUGCUGAUUGAGGUUACGCUUCGAUUCGGGACCUCAAAUCAAGACGUUGACGUGAUCGACCGCGAGUACCAGCUGCCGAAGCUCGUAUAUCAUUCAAAAACGAAAGUUCUAGAUGGCGUGCUUCUGAACCGCCAAGUGAGUCUGCCACAGAUCAUCAGGGAGCACAAGGUUGCGCGAGGCGGCCGUGGCCGUCUCUGCGACAAGAAGUCUGUCGAUUCAAUACUCAGACAUACGUUCGAAAGCGUGUAUGAGCGUCUCGGACCUCUUGCGCGUGUCCGGUUUGCGAUGCGUGAGGACAAAGCAUACUCGGGUCGAGCCGAUCAAAGCCUGGAGGCCGAGAUGUUCUUACUUCUCGUGCAUAUCGGGGAGUUCGACAUGCCGAGGCUUAGAGACUGCUGGCGGACUGGCGAGUUCGACAUGGACAAUCCGUUGUGCCGUCGCACUAUCGAGUGGUUGGAAGGACGACUCACACCUAUUCCGCUGAGGCUGAGAUCCUUCGAGCAGGCCAUGGACUUGGUCAGCGACAUCACAGACGGAGACGUAGUCGGCUCUAGACACUUCAUGCUGAAGCAUGCCUGGGAGCUGCACAACAACGGAAAUGGCGUCGAGUUUACCAACUUCCGAGAUCUCUAUACCUUCAUCAUGCCGACGGAUCCGAAUCAGAACAAGGACAACUGGAUCCUAGCGCAAUGCUUCGACCAGAUCUACAGACCCUUCAAGGAUUGGAAGCUCAGAGACGUGAUUCGAGAACGAUUUGGCAUCCGGAGGGAUGUCUUCCAACGGCGUCACGCCGCGACCGCCGUGGCAAUCGCACAUGAUGUACCUCCGCCGUCUUUGCCUGCUAGUGUGGGCAAGCCUCUACCGCAACCAUCAGCAGAACAGCAAGUGGCCAUCGAUACGUUGCUCAACACCAAGAGCAACAUCAUCGUGGAUGCCAUGGCAGGAUCAGGUAAGACCACCACGAUCUUGCAUCUGGCCCAAGCAGCGCCUGAUACAAAAUUCCUUGUCCUGGUCUAUAAUCGAAAGCUAUUGCUAGAGACAGAUGAGCGAGCCAAGUCACUUGGACUCAGCAAUGUUGCAGUCUACAACUAUCACACCCUUGGAAACCGUUUCUAUACGCAGGAAUGCUCGACUGAUCAGGGAUUGAAGCGCGUGGUCCAAGAUGACAUGGCGGUCUUGCCUGGCACACAACUGCCUGACUUCGACGUACUGAUCAUGGACGAACAGCAGGAUCUGAUUCCGAUCUACAAGAAAUUUGUCGACAAGAUUGUGAGUGACAAAGGCUAUGUGGCGCGAGGAACUCAGCAGACUCCGAAGCAAAGUCCUCUCAGAGUAUUUGUUCUUGGUGACAAGCGGCAACAGAUCUACUCUUUCAACAACGCCGACUCGAGGUUUCUGACAAUGGCUAACGAGCGUGACAUCUUCGGCUAUGUCAACCAGGAGCCCUGGGUACGAGCACAACAGACGUAUUCGAAUCGAAUGACUGAACCCAAUGCUGAUUUCAUCAACGAUCAAUUACUACGGGUCGAUCUGGGCGCCUCACCAAUGCGGGCUGCACGGAGCAUCGAUCGUGAUGGCAAAUUGUAUCCUCGGCCACGGUACAUCAUCUGCGAUCCUGCAGAAGAAGCGGUCAGCGAGGUCCAGCGGCUCCUUACAGAGGGCAAUGUCAAACCUGCAGAUAUUUUGGUUUUGGCCCCGUCUACCCGUAACAAGUCUGCUGCAAAGCAAGCUGCGAACGAACUCGCUCGCCGAGAUGUGCCUGUUUACCGAGCCGACUCCGACGUGCUCCUGCCUUCCGAUAGAGUUACACAUGGGAAGGUCCUCAUCUGCACCUACCACCAGAGCAAAGGUAUCGAACGACCAGUGUGCAUCGCUUUGGGCUUCGAUCAAUCGUAUCAUUCCUUCUAUGACAAACAGGAUGAGCUACCAGCAGUUGUGACGAAUCCGCAGUACGUUGCUGCGACUCGAGCUGUGACUCAGCUCAUUCUUCUACAAGACUUUCAAUGGGCACCUCUCCCAUAUGUUAACCUUUCCACGAUUGGCGAGACCUGCGACCUGAUAGUUCGAAAGGCUCCAAUACCAAGCCCACAGACCGUAGAGGCGGUGGCGAAAGCGAGAAAGCUGCCUCUGUUUGGCGUGACAGCGCUGUGCAGGAAUCUACCGGAAACUGUCAUCACACACUGUCUAGAGAAGCUCAAACUACAUCAGGUCGCCGCGCCUGUAUACCCAGCAUCUGCUCCUCCUACAGAAGUAGCAGACAAGUACGGCCUGAUCGAGUCGACGGCUGCAAUCACUGGAACUGCGGUGCCCGCGCUCUUCGAGUGGUUCAGAACACGGGAUCUCACAAUAUUGAAUCAGCUUUUCUAUAAGGACAAGGAAAGAGGACCGUUGAAGUGGAUAGAGAAGAACCUCCCCCCUGAACACGUACAAAAAUUUAUCGAGAUACACGAAAAGUGUCAAUCUAGCCAGGAGCUGUCCUCGGGCGAUAUACUCUACGUAGCGCAUGUCACCAUGGCUAAGCUCGACAAUGACUUAGUCGGUCUGCUCAGCAUACCUUUGUCGAGCUACAACUGGGUCACGCCAGAGUACAUCGACCAUAUCAUGUACACUUUGGGCUACAUCCCCAAGCCUGCUAACAUUGGCAAACGCGCUAAGUACGAGGUCACCAAGAUCAUCAAGUUCAUGGAUAUUCAAGUUGGACCACUUGAAGACGACAAUCAUGGUGUCCUCGUCAUGGGCUCGAUGGACAUCUACCAACCGAAGACGGAAUCAAGCACAGUCUGGGAAGUCAAGCACAUCGAUGUGCUUUCACCGGAACACCUCAUCCAGACUGCCUUAUACAUGCUUCUGCUGCACCCACGGCAGAAACCAGCGCACGGCUACCUUGUCUCAGCACGGACGGGCCACGUUGUGGAGAUCAGCCCAGCGCAUGAGAAUGCGCUCAAGGAGUUGCUGCAGAUCUUGGUUGGAGUGAAGUCCGGUGGCCCUCAGGCGAGGCUCUUGCACGAAUGCUCCGACGAGGAAUUCCUUGCGGAAGCAGCGCGUGAUUUCUCUGGCCUGAUAGGGAAGUGUGCUUUGCCUGCUUGGUUCUCCGAGCGGCCAUCGAGGUCACGGUACCAGCCGAAGAAAACGGGAAGACCGAGAGCGUCAGAACAGAUCGAUGUCUGA